AUGUUCUUUCAAAUAUACCUCUCGGUAUUUUUAUUAUUUUUUUCCUUUUUUCUUUCUUUCUUUCAUUCUUUCUUUUUUUUUUAUACUUCUUUUGGUUAUUUCUCAUUCCCUUUUUCAUUCUUUCUUUUCUCUUCUUUUUCCCUCUUAAUUUCUUUCUUUCCCUUUUCUCACUUUCUUCAUGAUUUUUUUGUUGUACUCUUCCUUCAACUAUUUCCCUUCCCAGUUCUUUCUUUCUUAUUUCAUGUUGUAAUUUUCUUUCAACUACUCCUCUCACCCUCUUUCUUUUUUCUGCUAUUCUUUAAACUAUUUCGUUUUCACUUUCUUACUUUCUUUUUUCUUUCUUUCUUUCCUUUCUACUCUUCAUUCAGCUAUUUCUCUUUACCUUACUUUCUUUCUUUCUUUCUUUCUUUCUUUUCUACUCUUCAUUCAGCUAUUUCUCUUUUCUUUCUUUCUUUCUUUCUUUUCUACUCUUCUUUCAGCUAUUUCUCUUUACCUUACUUUCUUUCUUUCUUUCUUUCUUUUCUACUCUUCUUUCAGCUAUUUCUCUUUACCUUACUUUCUUUCUUUCUUUCUUUCUUUUCUACUCUUCUUUCAGCUAUUUCUCUUUACCUUACUUUCUUUCUUUCUUUCUUUCUUUCUUUUCUACUCUUCUUUCAGCUAUUUCUCUUUACCUUACUUUCUUUCUUUCUUUCUUUCUACUCUUCAUUCAGCUAUUUCUCUUUUCUUUCUUUCUUUCUUUCUUUUCUACUCUUCUUUCAGCUAUUUCUCUUUAACUUACUUUCUUUUUUCUUUCUUUCUUUCCUUUCUACUCUUCAUUCAACUAUUUCUCUUUUUUCUUUCUUUCUUUAUUUCUUUUCUACUCUUCUUUUAGCCAUUUCUCUUUCCCUUUCUUUCUUUUCUACUCUUCAUUCAGCUAUUUCUCUUUUUCUUUCUUUCUUUCUUUCUUUCUUUUCUACACUACUUUUAGCUAUUUCUCUUUCAUUUUCUUUCUUUUCUACUCUUCAUUCAGCUAUUUCAUUUCCCUUUCUUUCUUUCUUUCUUUCUUUUCUACUCUUCUUUCACCUCUUUCUCUUACCUUUUCUUUCUUUCUUUCUUUUUCUACUCUUCUUCCAUUCAUUUCUAUCUACGUCCCUUAUCUUUUCCUUUCUUUCUGUGAUGAGUCUCUCCUCGGUUGUGGCGCGAUGGAACGAGAAAACGAACAAGAACUGGUAA